AUGGAGGUUUACUUUGCAGGGUAUACCGAGGAGCAGCCUUCCACCCAGUUUACGGCUCAACUACCGAGCGAGGUGAGCCCAACCUCCGGCCCCGGCCGCGCCCCUCAGCCGGCGCCUCAGCCUGUCUCUUAUGCCCUUCUGCACCUAUCCGCCUCUGAUUCGACUGAACCGUCUUUCCUCCAAGUGCAAUUCCAAUCUUCGCCUGUCUCCCCCCCUCCGCCACCGGCGAGCGGCAAAUCCCUGUCAAUGUGCUAUACCAGUACGGGCGCGAUUCUGUCUUUACCACCGAAAAAAAAAGACAUCUAUCGCCCGUACUGCCUCGGAGAUCAUGCGUUCCUCCACCGCGCCGAAGAAGACCUCAACGCGGCCCACGCCAUACUCGACUUGAGCCAGCACGCAGUGUUCCUAUCGACGCAACACGCCGAGCCCGCGGCCCCUGCAGCCCCCGCAACGCCAGCGCCCCCCGCGGUCCCCGCGCCCCCCGCGGUCCCCACGCCCCCUGUGGCCCCCGCGCCCCCAGAGCCCACGCCGCCGCCACCCGAUCCCCCUGUCCCGGAGCAGCCUCCCGACCGACCGAGAGAGACCGUUGCCUACACUUACGACGCCUUCUUCGUAAGCGACGGCCGCUCGAAGCGUCGCAACUUCGCCAACGCACCGGUCGAGUGCGCUCAACAGCCCGAACAGAAGUCGAAGUACACGUGCAACGAGUGCGGCAAGCGCUACGCGACCUCAUCGAACCUGUCACGGCACAAACAGACGCACCGUAGUCUCGAUUCGGUCGCGGCUAAGCGCUGCGGCGAGUGUGGCAAGGCGUACGUGUCGAUGCCGGCGCUCGCCAUGCACGUGCUCACCCAUCAACUUUCGCACGUGUGCGGGGUUUGUGGCAAGCUGUUCUCGCGGCCGUGGCUGCUGCAGGGGCAUUUGCGAUCGCACACUGGCGAGAAGCCGUACGGCUGCGCUCACUGCGGCAAAGCGUUUGCGGACCGCUCCAAUCUGCGCGCACACAUGCAGACGCACUCGUCCGACAAGAACUUCGAGUGCGUCCGCUGCCACAAGACGUUCGCUCUCAAGAGCUACCUCAACAAACACCAAGAGUCUGCGUGCGUGCGGGACGACGACUCGCCGCCACCCGAGCCGUCCGCCACCGCCUCCGAG